GAGUUGCUCCUCUCUCCUGCUGUCCUGCUCUGUGGUAAGUCUGCAGAGCAAAAGCUUUCUGACGAAGAAUUCAACAGGAGUUGCGGACGAAAAAAGGAGCUGGUUUCUUUCACCAACUCAGGAGGUUCAAGCCCUGCAUUCUGAGGCUUCAUCUGCCCUCCCUCAUCCUCCCCCGUCUCCUGUCUGAGCCCUGCACCUGUUCUGACUCGUCAGCCAGGUGAAGGGGAUCCUCUGGCCUGGUGCUGUUUUUUCAGCUGACCGUAGCUGCGGGGCAAUUAGGAACCCAGUCUAUUCAUUUGGGUGGAUUGCUGCUUUGCUCUGUAUCCCUCUAUCUGUCUCUCUGUCUAUAUAACCCACCCCCCUGCAUAUCCCUACCCCCCUCCCACUCCAUCUCCGUCUAGCCCAGUCUGAGCCUGGUUGACACUGUGGCUGUGAGUUCGUGUGGAGCUGCAGCAAUUUCCGUGCUGGAGUAAAGGUGUGGAUCACAUUGCAAAGACACGGGGAAGGAAAAUAAUUAUUCUGGUGGACGAAGUUGGAUUGAGCAUUGGACGGCAGAGAUAGAAAAGUGAAAAACUACAAACCAAAGAAUUCUGGAGUUGGAAGAGCAGCAGGUAUGAAAAGCCACACUGUGGUUGUGUCAGUGGCUCUGCUGGCCCUGUGCUGUCUGCUGAUCCCCAGAGGAGGGGAGAGCGCUGGAGGGAUAGUUUCUCUCCGGCAGACUGCAGGGGAGAAGCAGGCAGAGGAUCAGUUGCGAGAGGAGUCCCUGGAUGACCCAGAAAGUGAGCAAGGACUCACAGUGGACCCCAACCCACUGGGAAGCAGCAACAAGGACAAGAGAGACACAGAGGAGGCUGCACGGGUUGGUUUUUCAGGCAGGGUGAGGAGAGCACCAGAUGAAGGCAAAAAGAAGAAGAAGGACAAGAAGAAGAAAAAAGAGCCAAAGGACCCCAACGCCACCAAAAAGCCUAAAACUGACAAGAAGGGAAAGAAGAAGGACAGGAAGACAACCACAACUCUACCACCAACCACAACAUUUAUACCGACUGAACCACCCACUGAACCAUACACGGACUACCCAUAUCCUGAUGUUGACAAUGAUUACUGGAAACCAGAGGAUGACUACUGGGAGGCAGAGCCCACACCACCAAGGCCUCAGCCCGAGGCUCCCAUCACAGAUCUUCCAUACGACGACUGGAAGCUGGAGGAGGAAGACCCAGCCGCCCCAGUGACAGACAUUUACGAUGACUACUGGAAACCAGAGGAGAAAGAGCCAUCCACUCAGGCGCCUGACGUCUAUGAUGACUACUGGAAACCAGAGGAGAAAGAGCCGUCCACUCAGGUGCCUGACGUCUAUGAUGACUACUGGAAACCAGAGGAGAAAGAGCUGUCCACUCAGGCGCCUGACGCCUACGAUGACUACUGGACACCAGACGACAAAGAACCAUACGCUCCUGUGACUGAUAACUAUGACAGCUACUGGAAAGAGGUGGACCCGACCCCCUCUGGCCCUGAGGUUGAUGGGAAGACAGAUGAAACCGAUUACUGGGACUCUACAUUUGAGGUGCCGGAGAAUCUUCCAUUCCCUGAUGGUAAAGAGGUCAGCCCUGAAAUCAUAGUAGAAACUCUACCAGAGGAACCCACUGCUACUCCUCCCCAUGAGGGAACGUGGUAUGAUGAUUACGACGAGUAUGGAAUGAGGAGGAAAGAAGACGAGAAUGACGAUAAAUGGAUGGAGAAGGAGAGAGAGAGAGCAGCAAAAGAAAGAGCAAGGGAAGAGAAAGAGAGAGCACAGAAGCUGAAGGAGGCAGAGGAGCGGGCCAGGAACAGACCACGUGUCUUCAAAGAGCCAAAGAAGUGUCCCCCCCUUGGGAUGGAGUCCCAUAAGAUCGAGCCAGACCAGCUUACAGCCUCCUCUAUGUCUCAGUAUAGUUUUGCACCUCAGAGGGCGCGCCUCAACAUGCAGGGCUCAGAUGAUGAAGAAAACAUGAGAGGUGGAGCGUGGUGUGCAAACUCAGAGGACAGAAACCACUGGUUUGAGAUUGAUGCUCGCAGGGAUACGGAGUUCACAGGAGUCAUAACACAAGGACGCGACUCUUCAAACGAGAGUGACUUUGUGAUGUCCUACUUCCUGGCCUUCAGCAAUAACAGCAGAGAAUGGACCACCAUCCAUGACGGAUACACUGACUGGUUGUUCUUUGGAAACAGUGAUAAGGACACUCCGUUGAUGAACCAACUGGCAGAGCCUGUGCUGGCCCGUUACAUUCGGAUCAUCCCUCAGAGCUGGAACGGCUCUCUGUGUAUGAGGCUGGAGGUCCUCGGCUGCCCACUACCCGAUCCAGUGGAUGCUCAGUACAGGCAAAAUGAAGUCACUCCAGUAGAUUACUUGCAGUUCAAACAUCACAGCUACUCAGAGAUGGUUUCACUCAUGAAAUCAGUGAAUUCAGAGUGUCCCAACAUCACCAGUAUCUACAGCCUGGGCCGCAGCUCCAAGGGACUGGAUAUCAUGGCCAUGGUCAUCUCUGGCAACCCCACUGAGCACGAAAUAGGGGAGCCAGAGUUUCGCUUCACGGCAGGUCUCCACGGAAACGAGGCAGUGGGUCGGGAGAUGAUCAUGCUUCUUAUGCAGUACCUGUGCAAAGAGCACAAAGACAGAAACCCCAGAGUCCAGCGUCUGGUGGAGGGAAUACGCAUCCACCUGGUGCCAUCGCUCAAUCCUGACGGACAUGUGGAAGCUUUUGAAGCGGGAUCGGAGCUGAGUGGGUGGACCACGGGACACUUCACUGAUGACGGCAUCGACAUCUUCCAGAACUUCCCAGACCUGAAUAGUAUCCUGUGGGAUGCUGAAGAUAAGGGCAUGGUGCCCAAACUCACCCCAAAUCAUCACAUGCCCAUACCAGAGAACUUUGAGACAAACUCGAUUGCUGUGGAAACUAAGGCCAUAAUCUCCUGGAUGAAAAGCCAUCCAUUUGUGUUAGGUGCAAACUUCCAGGGCGGGGAGUCAAUUGUAGCCUAUCCUUAUGACAGCUUGCGUCUCAACAAGCCUGCCGAGAGCCAGAAACCCCACAGCCGCAAGAAGAGACAGUACGAAGAAGGAUUUGAUGAGUGGGGAAGGGGCUACCAUGAGGAGCCAGAGGAAGACUGGAGAGGAAGGGGAUAUGCAGAGCCAGAAGAGGAGUGGAGGGGCCAGGGCUACGACCAAGGCCGCGACCAAGGCUAUGACCGCAACCAAGGUUACGAACGUGGCUAUGACCAGAACCAAGGUUACGAACGUGGCUAUGACCAGAAUCCAGGUUAUGAACGUGGCUAUGACCAGAAUCCAGGUUAUGAACGUGGCUAUGACCAAAAUCAAGGUUAUGAACGUGGCUAUGACCAGAAUCAAGGUUACGAACGUGGCUAUGACCAGAACCAAGGUUAUGAGCAUGGCUACGACCAGAGCCAAGGUUAUGGCCACAGAGAGGAAGAAGAGGAAGAUAGAGGAAGAAGUGCCGGCUAUCAGUACUCUGAGCCUGAAGAUGAGCCUCGGGUGAUUGCAGACGAGUCCCUCUUCAGGUGGCUGGCUGUCUCUUACGCUUCCACACACCUGACCAUGACACGCAGCUUCCACGGCUCCUGCCACGGAGACACCGAUGCAGGGGUGCAUGGCAUCAUCAACCGAGCCAAAUGGAAGCCAAUCACAGGGAGUAUGAAUGACUUCAGCUACCUACACACCAACUGUUUUGAGUUGUCCAUAUUCCUGGGAUGUGAUAAGUUCCCCCAUCAGAGUGAUUUGGCCAAUGAGUGGGAGAAGAACAGAGAAGCAAUGCUCAUCUUCAUGGAGCAGGUGCACCGUGGCAUCAGAGGCAUCGUCAAGGAUCAGCAGGGGAACCCCAUUGCAAAUGCCACUGUAUCUGUAGAGGGGAUAAACCAUGAUGUCACUACAGCACCAACAGGGGACUACUGGCGGCUGCUUAACCCGGGAGAGUACCGCGUGACUGCUCGAGCGGAGGGCUUCUCCUCUGUGACCAAACUCUGUGUGGUGGGUUACCAGUCAGGAGCCACCGCCUGCAGCUUCAACCUUGCCAAGUCCAACUGGGACCGCAUUAAACAGAUCAUGGCCCUCCAUGGCAACAAGCCAAUUCGACUCAGCUAUAGCAACAACAGAGCACAGAACCCUGCAGUUGCUAAUGGCAACAGGCGUGUGGUUAAUGGCAACAAUGGGUAUUCACCGGAUUCACGAGGCGGCUCUGAACGGCAGAGGAGGCUCAGGAUAGCUCGUAUCCGUCGCCUUCGGCAACAGAGAUUACUGAAGCUAAGAUCAACAACGACGUUACUCCCGACAACCAUUAUUCCCACAACUCCAGAGACCACGACAUCCUGGUAUGACUCGUGGGUCAUAGGGGAGGGACAGACUUCGACGCCUGGUGGUUUCACAGACUCCAUCCUGGAUUAUAACUAUGAGUACAAGAUUGAUGACUAUUAAUCUUAAAAACACACUGCCAAUUUCAGUAAGCUGUCCUUUCCUAGAAGUAGUUCUCAUUGCCAAGUUGUCCUCCGAGUAGGCUGAUGAAGAAUCAAAUGAGGGAUCCUGUCUUUGUAUGACAAAUAAGCAAUGGGAAUGUACAGAAUAUUAACUACAUAGUUGUAUAAAGAUAGUGUAUCUAUUACUUAACAAAAUGCCUCUGCACAAAAAUUUACCGUUCAUCAUGAUAGUAUUUCUGUUUCAUUUUCAAUCUUUUUGCUUCAUGAAAAGUUGUUUAUUGUGGAUGCACAUUAAAAAGAGUUGUUUGGGUUUUUUUACUUCACCAUGGCAGUUUUUUUUUUUUUUUUUUUUUUU